GCGUACCGCCACGAUAUCAGAAGAAGAAUAACCAUCUGAACGCGCCCUCUGACUUAUGCUGCAGUGACUGGCAAGUCGAGACGAAGUCCAGUCCUAAACAACAGAAGUUUCACAACGACUGUACUGGGACUACUGGGCUGAGGAUGUGCGGGAGGACUGCAUGCACCCUGGCGGCAGAUGAAGUCAGCCGCGCCUCCCAGUACAGAGACCGAGGAGGGCAGCGUCGACAGCCAAGGUGGAAAGACGGAGAUUCUGAUAAGUACCGACCUUCCUACAACAAGAGCCCCCAGUCUUUGAGCCCAGUCUUGUUGUCCCAAAGACAUUUUGUUAAGAAUGCCCCAGUGGAUGAAUGUGUGCUGGCAGUGAUGCGUUGGGGCCUGGUGCCUGCCUGGUUCAGGGAGAAUGACCCAAACAAGAUGCAGUAUAGCACCAACAACUGUCGCUGUGAGAGCCUGCUAGAGAAGAAGUCCUACAAGGAUCCGAUGUUGAAAGGACAGCGCUGUGUCAUCCUGGCUGAUGGCUUUUAUGAAUGGAGGAGGCAGUUGAAAGACAAGCAGCCCUUCUUCAUCUAUUUCCCCCAGACUCAAGGACCUGUUCAUGUGAAAACAGAGGACCAGGAGGAUCCACAGACAUGCAGUUCUGAGGAAGGCUCUGUAGACCAGAAAGAGGAGGACAAAGGAGACCAUGAGUGGAGAGGAUGGCGGUUGCUGACCAUUGCAGGACUGUUUGACUGCUGGACUCCCCCUAGUGGUGGAGAUCCCCUCUACACCUACACUGUGAUCACUGUGGAUGCAUCCCCUAAUCUUCAAGGCAUCCAUGACCGGAUGCCAGCGAUUCUCGAUGGAGAGGAGGAGGUCAGAAGAUGGCUGGAUUUUGGUGAGGUCAAGUCAUUAGAUGCCCUUAAAUUGCUUCAGUCCAAAAAUACACUGACCUUUCACCCUGUCUCCUCAUUUGUCAACAACUCUCGAAACAACUCCCCUGAGUGCCUGCAGCCAGUGGAUCCUCAAGCUAAGGAGCCCAAGCCUUCAGCCAGCAGUAAGAUGAUGAUGGGCUGGCUGAAGAGCAGCACGCACCCCAAGAGGAAAGAGUCAGACACUGGGGAAGUCAAACAGGAGGGGCACACAAGAGAGACCAGGCCUGAGAAGCAGCUGAAGACUGCAGGGCCUCUCCAACAGUGGCUGCAGGGAGCCAAUAAGAAACCCAGGACCAACUGAGUGGGACAGAAACAUUGACUGACUGAAGAGAAAGGGAACAGAUUGAAAAAUGUAGACCUCAUUGUCUUGAUAUUGCGGUGUGUUGAUUGAUGUGGAAGAGAGGAAAUGGUUUCUGAUUAUUGUUAUAUUUGUCUGGUAUUGGUUAAAGAUAGUUAUUCAACAUUUUUCAGAUUUUGAUGGUUCUGUCAUGUGUCCUCCUUUGAAAGUGACCAAUUUUGACAUUUCUGUACGAGCAGUAGACCGAAGAAUAGAAAUACAGAGUGCCCCUAUGCAAAACUAAAACUGUCAAAUGUAUUCCCAAGACUAUACUAUUGAUUAUAUACUGAACAAAACUAUAAACCCAACAUGCAACAA